UAAACGAAACUGCAUUUUGCAAACAACAAAGAUUGAAGAAAAAAAAAAGAAAAAUUAAUUUAAUAACUACGAAACAUAAAUAGAAGUACAAUAAAAUAUACAAAAUGUUUUGCUGCUUAAGAAGCUGUUUAAACGGAAAUAUACACAAAUCAAAUACAAUUGUCAGUAAAGUACGGGAGCCCGAAAUUCAUUUGGAUGCAGCACAUAUUGGUACGGAGGUGAUUUUACUAUCAAAUUAUUUGCGUAUAACUGGCACAGGCGGUUGUUUGGCAACAGCACCUUUGGUACAAUCAAAAUCCUAUUUUGAAGUUAAAAUUCAACAGAAGGGUAUUUGGUCUAUUGGUUUGGCAACACGUCAAGCUGAUUUGAAUAAAAAAUUUGGUGGCCUUGACAAGGAUUCCUGGUGUUUAUGUUCCGACAAUGUGAGCAGACACAAUGGCGAAGAGUUUGGCCCAGUGGUGGCCUAUACAAAUGAACCAAAAUUGCAAAAUGGUGGUGGGGCGAACAUGAUACUGAAUGGUUCAGCGGUUCCUGGCUUAAUAGGCAUAGAAGACAUAAAUGAGGACUUGUUAUUGACAACGGGUAAAAGCGAGAGUGAUGCGCCUGAAAAUGGUUUAACAAAGACUGAUACGGAUAGUGCUUUGGAGGAACAAACGCACAGCUUUCCCGAUGAGGGUGACAUUGUUGGCGUUUCGUUUGAUCACAUUGAAUUGAAUUUCUAUUUUAAUGGUAAAAAUCUGGAAGUACCAUUUCGCAAUGUUAAAGCCAGCACGGUGUAUCCGGUUAUUUUUGUUGGUAAUGGAGCAAUAUUAGACAUUAUUUUGAAUAAAUUUCAUUAUGCACCGCCAGCAGGUUUCGAAAAUAUUAUGCUCGAACAAUCUCUAUUGUAAAAACGCAAUAAUUUCGACUUUAUGUUAAAAUCUUAUUUAUAUAAAUAUGUAUUUGAAAAGAUCAAUAAUUCUAUACCAGUAUAAAACAAAUUAAAACAAUGUAUAACUAAUUCUCUAGUCUAUAUUUUCCCCAAAAUAUAUUAUCAUUAGUACGAAUAUUUAUUUAUUUUAUAUAAAUUAUUAACAUUAAAAAAACGCAUAUUUUCUCAUUCAAAAACAAAAUAAUCAAUAAUUUACAUUCCAUUUUGUACAUGUUUAUACUUCUAUUGUAUACUUAUUUUGUUGAUGUUAGAAAAGUUUUCAAUUGUGCUUUUCUUUAUGAACAAAAGCUUGUAAUUAAUUAAAUAAUUAACUUAUACACAUAUAAUUAUAUAUAUAUUACCUUUAUUCCUGGCAGACUAUAAUAACAAAAUUAUUAUAAUUAUAAAAAAUUAUAUUUAAGAAAUUAAUAAAAUGUAAAAAAAGUCAUUAAUUUCUUC